CAAGGGGUAAUGAUUUAUCAAACACUUACUAUCAAGGAAAUGUCAGAGGAAGGGCACCUUGCGAUUCACUGACGCACACUCAAUAUACAGAGGGACGUAUAGAAGGCGCUUGCUCUGAGUGGAGCUGAAAACACUUAAGUGGCGUUUCCCAACGUUUUUUUUUCCUCUUCCCCCCUCCCUGUCAGAUCUGUUGCACUGCGAAACAUGGAUUGCACAGAGCAGAAAGGCAUGACUAAACCAACAGUCAGCGUUGCCGAGAGUUCCUCCCCGGGACAGACCAGCAGAAUAGACGCCGUUGGAGUAACCAGAACUAGCCUGGAAACUGAAGCCGCAGGGGUGUUCCAGGUCGCGGUUCCCGGCUCCCAAACCACCGAAGGCAAAGCUGUCUCCCUCAAAGAAGCCCAGUCUAAUGGCUCUGACGGGGGCACGGUUGGGAUCUGUAAGAAUGAGUCCACCCAGCCCAAUUCCGUCGUCCAUCAGGAUUCCAUCGAAAUGUUACCCCGUAAGGAUACUGCUGUCGAGAGCAAUGAGCGCACCAACACGGUUUACUGUAAGAUCGCCGAGGUGGAGGUUAGCUAUGGCACUGGCAUCCCCACAAUCCAACAAAACAAUACCAAGAGCAGCUGGGUCACAAAGAGCCAGAGCACGGUGUUACUGGGGACAGAUGGAAACACCGCUGUAUUCCCCGGCACUCUCAGCGGGGAAGAUGAAGGAGAUGAGAAUAAAGCCAGAGGGAACUGGUCGAGGAAGCUGGACUUCAUUUUGUCCAUGGUCGGCUAUGCGGUAGGACUGGGGAAUGUCUGGCGUUUUCCCUAUCUCGCAUUCCAGAACGGCGGAGGUGCAUUUCUGAUUCCCUACCUGAUGAUGUUGGCUUUUGCUGGAGUUCCCAUUUUCUUUCUGGAAACAGCACUUGGCCAAUUUGCCAGUCAAGGCCCUAUAUCAGUGUGGAAAGCUAUUCCUGCCUUACAAGGAUGUGGACUCGCUAUGUUAAUCAUCUCGGUUCUGAUUGCUGUGUACUACAACAUCAUCAUAUGCUACACUCUCUUCUACCUUUUUGCAUCAUGCAUACCCGUCCUUCCCUGGGCAUCCUGUGAAAAUAGAUGGAACACUGCAAACUGUAGAGACAAGCACAAGCUGUUAUUGGAUUCCUGCAUAAUUGGAGAUAUGAACAGUGUGCAGAUUAAAAACUCGACAUUUUGCCUUUCUGCUUUUUCCAAUGUCACCAUGGUGAAUUACACCCAGCCAAUAAACAAAACCUUUGUCAGCGGCAGUGAAGAAUACUUCAAGUACUUUGUGUUAAAGAUUUCUGAUGGGAUUGAAUACCCUGGGGAAAUAAGAUGGGAGCUAGCAAUGACUCUGUUAUUGGCCUGGAUAAUUGUUUAUCUAUCCCUGGCUAAAGGAAUAAAAUCAUCAGGAAAGGUUGUCUACUUCACAGCCACCUUCCCCUAUGUUGUCCUUGUCAUCCUUCUAAUCCGAGGGAUUACUUUGCCGGGUGCUGGAGAUGGAAUCUGGUACUUCAUUACGCCCAAUUGGGAUAAGCUUAAGGAUGCUAAGGUGUGGAAAGACGCAGCGACUCAAAUUUUCUUUUCACUCUCUGCUGCCUGGGGAGGACUGAUAACGCUAUCUUCAUACAACAAGUUCCACAAUAACAUUUACAGGGACACUCUGUUAGUGACAUGUGCCAAUAGUGCCACAAGUGUCUUUGCAGGCUUCGUCAUUUUCUCAGUCAUCGGCUUCAUGGCUAAGGAACUUAAAGUACCCAUCACUGAAGUUGCAGAUGAAGGUCCUGGCAUUGCAUUUGUAGUGUAUCCAGAAGCUCUAACCAGACUGCCAUUAUCACCAUUCUGGGCUAUCAUUUUCUUUUUGAUGCUUUUAACACUCGGAUUGGACACAAUGUUUGCAACCCUUGAGACCAUUGUGACUUCAGUAGUGGACGAAUUCCCUGGAUACCUGAGACCGAAGAAGCCCCUGUUCACAUUAGUCUGUUGUGUGAUUUUCUUCUUCAUGGGUAUUCCCAUGGUUACUCAGGGUGGGAUCUACAUGCUACAGCUGGUAGACACAUAUGCAGCUUCCUAUUCCCUGGUCAUCAUAGCAAUAUUUGAGCUAGUGGGAGUUUCAUACAUAUACGGCUUGAAACGUUUUUGUGAAGAUAUCGAGAUGAUGAUUGGAUUCCAACCGAGCUAUUUUUGGAGAAUUUGUUGGGCCUUUGUCACUCCUACAAUUCUUACAUUCAUCCUUUGCUUCAGCUUUUACCAGUGGGAACCCAUGACAUAUGAAAAUUACAAAUACCCAGCUUGGUCGAUGGUGAUGGGAUGGUUAAUGCUGGCCUGUUCUGUCAUAUGGAUCCCUAUCAUGUUCGUGAUUAAGAUGCAUUUGGCCCCUGGUUCCUUUAUAGAGAGGCUUAAGCUGGUGUGCAGCCCUCAACCUGACUGGGGUCCCUUCCUCACUCAGCACCGUGCAGAACGCUACAAGACUAUGAUGGAUCCCCUUGGGACCUCUUCCCUCGGACUCAAACUGCCGCCCAAAGACAUGGAAUUAGGACCACAGUUCUAGUAUUCACUAUCCCUCUACAUAGAUAUAUGGACUUAACAUACUUUAUUAUUUGGAUAUUUCACCUGUUUUUUAGUACACCUGUCCAUUCAAAGUAUUAUAUCAUCACUUUGAAAAUAAUUCUAUUUAUUUUUCCUACUCGCAUUUCCUCUCUGCACAGUCUAUUCCUUUUCUCUUCAGUUUUCAUGCUCCACUUGCAUUUCCCUCUUGACCUUCCACAUUCUUUGUUUUCUAUUUAUUCCCUUCAUUUUUUUACUCACUCUCCCUCAUUGUCCACCUCUCUUGCUUUUAGUACAUGAUUCUAAUCCAGAAUUCCUUGACUCUUGUUAUCUCUUUGUACUGGCUUUCAUUUGCCACUCACUUCAGCCUGUUUCCUUAAUCCUAUCUUCUCCAAUUUUUCCCGCCCAUUUUACUCAUAACCCUUUCCUCUCAUUCACAUAACAUAUGUUUUGCCUACAGAAUCUGUCCUGUGAUUUGUGCCUACUAGUUAUCUCAAUCUAUACAUUCUAGUUUCCUUAUUUACUUUAUCUGCAGCUGAAAAAAAAGUCGUUGUGCAAUUCUACUCAUUAUGUCGCCAAAUACUGGAAGAACUUGUAAAAGUAAUGCAUUGUACAGUCUCUUGAUGUUUAACUUUUUUUUCCAAUAGAGGCUGGGGUUAAUACGUCCACUCCAACCUCUGCAACACCAGGACAAUGUUAACUGUUACUGCUCCCAAUAAUUGGCCAGACUGUAUUUUCUUCAUACUAUGAUGUAACCUCUAGUUGUUCAUGCUUUAAAAAAAAAGUGAGCUGUGUUCAUAUAGUGCGUAGUAGUGGUGUCACGUCCCUCUAAGUAUCUUAUGAAAAACGUAGAGAUGGUGAGCAUAGUGUAGUUUUAACCAAAAAACUUCCUUAAAACAAUUUAGUCUGAAAUUUACAGUAGUUGUCUUCCGGGGAUUUUCUGUCAAUAUUUCUGUCUGUCUAUCUUCGUGUUAAGAGGGUCUCAGGUAAAAUUUACCUUCAUAAUUUUGCUUAUUUUCUGAGUAUGAUUAAUCUUCGUCAUAUGAUUUCAUUAAUUUCCACCUAGUGUAUAGACCUAUUUCAGUGUUCAAAUCCAUCGAAAUCCAUUUAUUGAUGUGUUCCCCAAUAUUUGCUGACCAAACAUCAAUUAUGUUUUGAGUGCAUUCUGUUAUUGAUCAUGUAUUAAUAUAUAAAUAUAGAGAGAACAUGUAUUGGUCAUUUUGCACCUUAAUGUUAAUUGCAAUACUUUUUCUCAGUCUUGUUAUCCUAUAAGCCAUCUUCAGGCAGUGGGUACCAAAGACGGGUUGUGUCCGAAAGCUGAGCGAAGCCGAAAGCUGCUGAAGCACAUUUUUCUUAUUAAGUUUACACAUUGUCUUUCCACACAUCAGGUUGACCAUUGGCCUUAUUGAUGUGUCCCAGCGUCAGAAAUAAAAGUUGUAUUUGAUGAAACGUAAAUAGUGUGACCUAUACUUUGCCAUAUGUAGUAAGUCAUUUGUAUGUGACAUGUGUGGUGUCCUCAGGCACUUUAAGUGGACCUAUCUCCGUAUAGGUUAAUUCCUAAUUACUUACGUAAUGUCAUGUAUAUUUAUGUGCAUUCUAUAUGGGGUACUGCUGCCUAUGGAUACAGAUAUGUGCCUCAAAUCAGGCCAUCAGAAUCAUUGACUGAUCUCACACAUUUACAAGUAUACAUCUAAGUUAAUGUAAGUGUCUCAUUCCCUAUGCUUGAUAGCUAUCCUGCGUACGUAAUGUGCACGAUUCAUUUAAUAGAUCAUCAUUCUUGAGGCCCUACCUCAGAUUUUGUAUUUAUCUGUAUAAACACGAUUUAAUGCAUUAUAUAUUUGCCUCUAUGAUGUCCAAAUUAGAGAUUAUCCUAUAAUGUAACUUGAAAAAAUACGAAAUAAAUGUCAACGUUUUAAAUGUCACAUGU